AUGAAUAAUCCUGAAAUGCCGUAUUUCCCACAAGCAAACUACUCUAGAAAUUCAAUACCAAAUGCCAACUGGAAUGAUUUCUCGCAUGAAAGCCCACUCAAGCAACAGCAUUUGUUAAACAACAAUGAGGGCACCCCAGAAGCUAAUCGGGGAUUAACACAAUCAACAACAGAUCUUUAUCAAUAUCCGGUUUAUCCUAAUACUCUCAGUUGUAUGGAAGGACGUAAUUCAAAUCAAUCCUUUCAGAAUUCUACACCAUCAUCUGGGUUAUUCACUAUUCCUUCAGGAACUCAAAAUCAGCAACUAAAUUGCUCGGUUCCACAGCUUGUAUCAGCAACUCCAUCUGAUUAUGGUAUAAAUGGUCUGCCUGUUACUACCAAUAAUACGAAUUUAGCGUACAUACCCACCACCAGGCCUACAUCAGGUUUUCUUCAUCCGCCUCGGCCGUAUGAAACAAAUCCACAUUUGCAGUCUUUUCCAACCACAAAUACUAUUUCCAAUUCAUCCUUUCAUGCAAGUUCUUACUCGGAUUUUAAUGCAUCUAAUCAACACAAUCCGUCGGUUUAUAGUCCCCUACAUUCACCUAUUAUGGAAAAUAAUCAGGUCUAUACUUCACAAGGUGGUUCUACUUCAGUGUGUGACUACACUGGUUAUUCUCAGCCUCCGAACUUCGAGUGUCGUUCAUCCGUCCCGUUAAAUUCAGGUGGUCACUCCACAUCAGAGUUUACCAACAUGCAGGCAGUUUCUCAAGUUUAUGGUGAGCAACAACAGCAUUCAUCUCUUAAUCCUCAAUUUGAUAAACCUAGUCCCGUGUUGCCCACAAAUCCAAGAACACUUACUCCUGGACAGAAUGUACUACCUUCCACAACAGCUUAUAAUAUGGACCCAUCUGUUAAAUCGCCUAGUCUCUACCCACCACAUGUCACGAAUGAGGCGCAUGCGAUUUCGAAUUCUGUCGGAUCGUAUGGAAUGACUCCACCAUUACCUCCAGUUCCCAUGAUGACCAAUAAUACAACACAUCAAAAUCACCCGCAACCACCUCUUCCAAGACCUGGAAAUACGCUACAGUCUGCCACACCUCGACAUACAGCUUAUGAACAAUCCGGUGUUUUUCGAACACCAGGAACUGCAGCGUCUGUAUCUGACUGGAACAGUUUAAAAACACCAAUCAACCUUCUUCAAGAACGUUGUUUGUUACCAUCAGAUGGACCUGAUCUACCACCCAAACCUGCAUUGACUACUCCAAUUAAUUGUGAUCAAGACGUGAUGCGAUGUACGUUAACAAAUGUUCCAUCAACUUCAAAACUUUUGACUCAGUGUCGUUUACCUCUUGGUCUUGUUAUGCAUCCGUUUCGAGAUAUGAGUAGUCUACACACUAUUAGUUCAACUACCAUAGUACGUUGUAGAUCUUGUCGUACUUAUAUCAACCCGUUCGUACAGUUUAUGGAUUCCGGUCGACGCUGGAGGUGUAGUGUUUGCUUUCUGGCUAAUACUAUCCCAGAUGAAUUUUACUAUGACCCUGGAACUCAAACUUAUGGUGACCCUUCUAGAAGACCUGAAAUUCGUUCUGCUACUGUAGAAUUUAUUGCGCCUUCAGAAUAUACAGUUCGUCCUCCUCAACCGGCUACUUACCUUUUCUGUUUUGAUGUCAGUCAUAAUGCGAUUGCUACUGGUUAUUUACAGCUUGCUUGUAAACGUUUAGAAGCGUUGAUUGAUCGGAUCCCAGGUGACUGCAGACGUCAAAUAGCCUUUAUGACCUUUAAUUCUAGUGUUCACUAUUACAAACUUUGCGGGGAAACUAUGAGAAUGUUAAUUUGUCCUGAUUUAGAGGAAAUAUUUCUACCUGAUGAUGAAGGUUUGAUUAAUAGAGUUGAAGAUUCGGCUGAUUCACUACGCGAUUUUCUUCUGCAUUUACCUGAAAAUUUUAUUGGUACAAAUGAUACAGGAAAUUGUCUCGGAUCUGCUUUACAGGCUGCUCUGAAGCUGAUUGGUGCAGUAGGUGGUCGGAUAACCGUAUUCACUACUUGUCUACCAACAGUUGGUUCAGGUGCUCUCAGUUUGCGAGAAGAACCAUGUGAUCGGAGUUCAGUCGACGUGAAGCACUUGGGCCCAUCAACUGACUUCUAUAAAACAUAUGCUUUGGAUUGUUCACAUAAACAGGUAGGAGUUGAUAUGUUUAUUUUCAAUUCUCAAUAUUGUGACAUUGCCACAAUAUCUGGAGCUAGUCGAUAUUCAAGUGGAACAGUUCAUCAUUAUCCAGACUUUUAUUAUACACCAGAUGAGGAUGAACAUAUAUUACACACUGAUGGUAAAACUCUUAAUGUUACGUCAGAUGAUUUUAAUAAACAACAAAAAAAUGUAUGUGUUGGAGUGGAACAAUUUCGUCGAGAUUUCGACCGGUAUUUAACCAGAAAACUUGGCUUUGAAGCUGUUAUGCGUAUUCGAUGUACUCAAGGUUUAGCUAUUCAGACUUUCCAUGGUUCGUGUUUUGUACGUUCUACGGACUUGAUUGCUUUACCAAAUGUGAGCCCUGAUUCUGGUUAUGCUGUCCAGUUAGAUUUAUCUGAAAGCUUAGAAAAAUGUGCUACAGUCUGUUGCCAAGCUGCUGUAUUAUAUACGUCAUCGAAAGGUGAUCGUCGCAUUCGUGUACAUACUUUAUGCUUACCAGUUGUACACACAGCAACUGAAGUAUUUCAAGGAGCAGAUCAAGGUGCAAUAGCUUGUCUUCUAAGUAAAAUGGCUGUUGAUCGAACGAUAUCUUCUGGUCUUUCAAACGCUAGAGAAGCUUUAGCGAAUGCUGUAGCAGAUGCUUUAUCAGCAUAUGCUACCACUUCUGGUAUUACACUUAAUAGUAACUCAACAGCUUACGGUCUACCUUGUCCACCGAAUCUACGACUACUUCCUUUGUAUAUUUGUGGUUUGCUUCGUUUUAAAGCUUUCAGAGUUGGAGUAACAACACGUUUAGAUGAUAGAUCAGCUGCUCUAGAGCGAAUUAAAACUGCUCCUCCUACUGAUUUAUUAACUUUAAUAUAUCCAAAGUUAUAUGCUGUACAUCGUUUCGUUUCAAAACCUUUGUCUUCUCAUACAACCCUUGCACAAAAAGCUGCUAGUCUUCGUUUAGUUGAUCAUGAUGACGACCAACGUCCUUCUGAUUGUGAUGGAACAUCUUCUUCAAAUGGAAGUGAAAGUAAUUCAGAAGCUGACCAAUUACCAUGUCAAUUACACUUGUCCGCUCAAUAUAUUACACGAUCUGGUGUAUUUUUAUUGGAUACUGGCGAGCUUUUAUUACUAUUAGUUGGCUGUGGUGAAGAUGUUUCUCCAGGAUCAAACAAUGAUUCUGACAUUUUACGUCAACUUCUUGGUAUUUCAUCACCACGUCAACUUCCUGCACAAGGUGGUCCUUUCAUAUUACCACCCAUUAAUUUAUCUAAUGAAAAACAAAAUACAAUUACUAAUGAUAAUACUUCUAUUCCAAUUGGUCGUCGUAGGUUAUCUGCUCUAAUAAACCUGAUUCGAAGACGUCGACCAAUUAAUAAUGCUUUAGUUCUUAUGCGUCAUGAUUCAUCGUCAAAUCUUAGAUCACUUUUCUUAUCUUGUAUGGUUGAAGAUAAAACAGAAUCAGCUCCAUCGUAUCAGGAAUUCCUUCAAAUGAUUCAGAAUUUAGUCAGAACAUGA